AUGGACAUCGUGCUCGACGUCGUCGACACUUUCGCCUUCGAUCGGCUCUAUGCCACCGUCCUCCCAGCGAACAAGCCCGCCAACGACGAGCUGCUUGCGACGUACAACCAGAAUGUCGGCCGCUAUGUGGCGCUGCAGCCGUCCAGAUGGGCUCUCCUGAGCAGCUGGCCGCGAGACGACAUUCACAGACAGGCUCUCAGCUUGUUCCUCAUCACAUGGUUCUUCGGGCUAAUCCUCUACUUCCUCGGCUCGACCAUCUCAUACCACUUCGUCUUCGACAAGACAGCAAUGAAGCACCCGAAAUUCCUCCGCAACCAGCUCGCAAUGGAGAUCAAGCAGGCGAUGUCAGCGAUGCCGGUGAUGGCAGCCCUGACGACGCCCUUCUUCGUCGCCGAGGUGCGCGGCUACACCAAGCUGUACGACUCGGUCGACCAGGCCCCUCACCCGCUGUACACCUAUCUGCAGUUUCCCCUUUUCAUCGCCUUCACCGACUGCUGCAUCUACUGGAUCCAUCGCGCCCUCCACCACCCGCUCCUCUACAAGCGUCUGCACAAGCCCCAUCACAAGUGGAUCGUCCCGACCCCUUACGCUAGCUAUGCCUUCCACCCCGUUGAUGGAUGGAGUCAGAGCGUACCGUAUCAUAUCUUCCCGUUUCUGUUCCCGCUGCAGAAGGCGGCGUAUAUUGGCUUGUUUGUGUUUGUCACCAUUUGGACGGUGCUGAUUCACGACGGCGAAUACGCCACCAACUCCCCCCUCAUCAACGGCUCCGCCUGCCACACCAUGCACCACCUGUACUUCAACUACAACUACGGGCAAUUCCUCACCUUCUGGGACCGCGUGGGCGGCAGCUACCGCAAGCCCUACCCGGAGCUGUUCGACCGCAAGCUGAAGAUGGGUCAGCAGGAGUGGGAGCGGCAGGCCCGUGAGGCGGAGAAGUUGGUGCGAGAGGUUGAGGGGGUGGAUGAGAGGACUUAUGGGCAGAAAAAGGAUGAGUAG